GUCCCACUCUGACCCCGCCUCCCCCUAAGGCCCCGCCCAGCUUGCGUAAUUUCCUGCCGACGCGGAAGCGGAUUUCGGGAGCGAAGGUCCCCUCGGGAAGGGGAUAAGUUAUUUGAAGACCUGAAUGGCACAUUCUCAACACUCAGGAGUGACUUCUUGCCUGAGAGAGACACUCAGAGGAGGAAGAAGAUGAGGAAUCAGGAAUAAAUCUUUAUCUGGAAAAGGGUUUACCUAAAGAGGCAUUUCUUGAUACAUUUAUCUUGAUUGGGACCCAAGUUAAUCAGAUUUGUCCUUUGGAUUACAACACUGAUGAGGUUGCCAACUGCAUUAAAAGAGAGUUCACCAUCAAAAUAAUGCAUUUUCUGGAAAGAGAAAGAAGCUCUGAACUCUGGAAUGUUGUGUCAGCAUCCUUGAUAAAUAUUUGGUUUCACUGGAUUUUCCAUCUGUUUGGGUGAUAUUAUCGGUAUAAGUCAAGUGGUGACUGGGAUAUGAGGAUUCGGUAACUGCACCUUCAUCUUUUAGUUUGAUUGUAAAGGUAAGAAGGGAAAAAGUAGGGAUGGAUUGAGGCACCAGAGGGCUGGAACGGAGCUGGAGAAACUGCUAGUGCACAGAGUAAGAAUGAUUCAACCUGAGAAGUUCCACAGUGGUUACUAGAGGUGAGGACACAUGUGACAUGAAUCAGGGAUCCCUAUGUUUCGUAAUUCGGAGGGGAAUGGACAGUUCUGAACACCAGGGGUUAAUUAGCAUACAAAACUCAACGGUUUUUCACAUUCUGCUCUCUAAAUUGAAGGUAUUUAUAUCUUCUUUACUAGCAACAAUAGUCAUAGCCUUCUUGCGUUUGAUCCUGGUAGAGGAGAGCUCUAGCCCUAUUUCUCUUAGAGCACAUUGCAUGUUUCUUUUGGUUGUCCAGGGGGCUACUUCCAGGUGAAGCGUUGGGGCUUCAUGAUAAGUGAAUAUGGAGGUUGUGAACAGCUAGAGUCUCAUGACUUUUUUCUUCUUCCUCAGCUUUGCCUCCUGUUGCUUGGACUGUGUGUAAGUGAAAACCCAGAAGUCAGCUGGCAGCUGAGCUAGUUACAAUGGAAUCACAGGAAUCAGUGACCUUCAAGGAUGUAGCUGUAGACUUCACCCAGGAAGAGUGGGCCCUACUGGACACAUCCCAGAGGAAACUAUUCAGAGAUGUGAUGCUAGAGAACAUCAGUCAUCUGGUCUCAGUUGGCAAUCAGCUCGACAAAUCAGAUGUGAUUUCCCAUUUGGAGCAAGGAGAGCAACUUUCAAGAGGAGGGUUAGGUUUUCUGCAAGGCCAGAGUCCAGUCAUUUCAGGUAGAGAAGAUGAUCCGAGAAAACAAGAAAUGAUAUCCAUGCAACAUAUCUACAAGAAGGACACAUCUGUAAUCAGUGCAAUGAGAUCUCACAGUCAAGAGGAUCCUUUGGAAUGCAAUGAUUUCAGAGAAAAAUUUACUGAAAUCUUAACAUUGACUCAAUAUGUGAUACCUCAAGUGGGAAAGAAACCCUUUAUCAGCCAAGAUUUUGGAAAAGCCAUCAGUUACUUGUCAUCCUUUAAUAUACAUAAGCAAAUUCAUGCUAGAAGUAAAUCAUAUGAAUGUCAUCAACGUACGAAUGCCUUUAUUCAAAGUUCUGCCCUUAGGCAGCACAAUAAUACUCAAACUGGAGAGAAAACAUUUGAAUGUCAUGUAUGUAGGAAAGCCUUCAGUAAAAGUUCUAACCUUAGACGACAUGAGAUGAUUCACACUGGAUUGAAACCACAUGGAUGUCAUCUGUGUGGGAAAUCCUUUACUCAUUGUUCUGACCUUAGAAAACAUGAAAGAAUUCACACUGGAGAGAAAUUAUAUGGAUGUCAUCUGUGUGGGAAAGCCUUCAGUAAAAGUUAUAACCUUAGGCGACAUGAGAUGAUUCACACUAGAGAGAAACCAAAUGAAUGUCAUCUGUGUGGGAAAGCCUUCACUCAUUGUUCUGACCUUAGAAAACAUGAGAGAACUCACUUUGGAGAGAAACCAUAUGGAUGCCAUCUGUGUGGGAAGACAUUCAGUAAAACUUCAUACCUUAGACAACAUGAGAGAACUCACAAUGGAGAGAAACCAUAUGAAUGUCAUCUAUGUGGGAAGGCCUUCACUCAUUGUUCUCACCUUAGAAAACAUGAGCGAACUCACACUGGAGAGAAACCAUAUGAAUGUCAUCUAUGUGGAAAAGCCUUCACUGAGUCUUCUGUCCUUAGACGACAUGAGAGAACUCACACUGGAGAAAAACCAUAUGAAUGUCAUCUGUGUUGGAAAGCCUUCACUGAUUCCUCUGUCCUUAAGCGACAUGAGAGAACUCACACUGGAGAAAAACCAUAUGAAUGUCACCUAUGUGGGAAAGCGUUCAAUCACUCUUCUGUCCUUAGACGACAUGAAAGAACUCACACUGGUGAGAAACCAUAUGAAUGCAAUAUAUGUGGUAAAGCCUUCAAUAGAAGUUAUAACUUUAGAUUGCAUAAGAGAAUUCACACUGGAGAGAAACCGCAUAAAUGUUAUCUAUGUGGGAAAGCCUUCAGUAAAUAUUUUAACCUUAGACAACACGAGAGAACUCAUGCUGUAAAGGUAGUAAAUGUGGAAGAUUCACCACCCAUAGCUUCAAAGUAUAAACACUAUUGUGGACUCACACAGUGAAGAAAUACUAUGUUUAUAUUCAGUGUAUAAGAGCCUUUAUUUGUCCUUAUUACUCCACUCAACUAAAGUUAAUUCAAAGUGGAGAGAAUCCAUAUGUAUGUCACCUAUGUAACAAAAUAUUUAGCAGUGGACUCAGGUGGGAGAACUGAAACUGCAAAUGGAAUGAAUGUGGGAGAAUCUUCAUCCUCAGCUGUAACUGUUAAACUAAAUGGAUAAAUCACAUGUCAGAGAAAUUCUAUGUCUGUAAAUCAGUG